GGGAAGCUAUGGCGCCGGCGCCAGCUGUAGGGAUGAUUCGCGCUCGAUUCCGAUGAGCGGCGCCGCCGCUGGGGCAGAGGAUGUGGAGGCCGAGCCGUGGUUCCAUCGCAGGAAGUCUGAUACCUCGAGCGUUCUCAGCGGCCUUAGUGAUGAGGUUGAGAGCGAAUGCCAGAGUGAUGUGAUUGACCAUGAAAAUGAGAGCGUGGAGGAAACGGAGCUCUCGUCAAGCUUGCAGAAUAGCCGUCUCGAUCAAGUGGGUUUCGAGGACGCGCCUACGCCCGUCCAGUUUCCGCCACUGGCAUCCCCAAGAACACCGAGAACCACGCCACGAACGCCCAUUGUGGUUGAGUGCCCCGGUGCUCCAAGCGUUCGCACGCUAAGAAGCAAAGAGAUGGUACGACAGAGCAGCUUGAGUGAAACAAAGCUGCUCAUGACAACCCAGUUAAAGAGAACGUAUAGCAACUUUCUCUUCGACAAACACUUCGAUUUUCUCCGGGAGAUUGGUCGAGGCUCGUCAAGCAAGGUAUAUGAAGCUCGUGACAGGAGACACGGCGUGCUCUGUGCCGUGAAAAUCAGCAAACAGCCCUUCUUUGCUCGAGAAGACAGAGAGCGCUUCCUUAGGGAGAUUCAGAGCGUUGCUUGUCUCCCGGAGCAUCCCAACGUCGUAAAAUAUUAUAGAGGAUGGCAGCAGGACGCGCACUUUCACAUCCAGAUGGAGCUCUGCGACGGUGGCAGCCUUCGCAACUAUCUGGAUGCUUUGUCACAACCACUUGACGAGAACAAGGUGUGGUGUUUUAUACGCCAAGUUGCGUCGGGUCUGGAUCACAUACACUCACAUGGUGUCCUUCACCUCGAUAUAAAACCGGAAAACAUUCUUAUAUGCGGCGACAGUGAAGGUACACUUAAAAUUUGCGACUUUGGUCUCGCUGUCCAGAAGCAAAGCCUUUGGGACUGGGAAGAAGGCGACGGAGCGUAUGUUGCCCCGGAGCUACUCAUGGACCAGGAACCCGGCGCCGAGGCGGACAUGUUUAGUUUUGGCGUGAUGGUUUACGAAUGGGCCACGGGAGAGCCUCUCCCGCGUCCAAACCCCGAGGUGGAGGUCCAGAUCGCUUCUUUCCCCGGCAGAACAGCAGCUCUCACAGAUCUCGUCCGAGCGCUGCUACGCUUGGAACCAUCACGAAGGCCAACAGCAGGAGAGGUACUUCAGUGGCAAAGCCACAAGAAAGGAGAACGAUUGCUGAUAUAACUUAUAGCGCUGCUCUCGAGUGCUCGCAAAAGCUUUCGAGAAGAGCAGCGAAUAUCUUUUGUAAGUUUCGAGUUUUUAUCCAUCGAGUGGUUCUCUCUCC